GCAUGUGACGUAUAGUUGUAUGUAGUGUAUGCAUGUGCAGAUGAUACGGGUUUUGCAAUUGAACUCGAUCGGGAAUCGUGCCGUCUUGGUCCUCUGAUGUCGUUAGGUGGACAAUAACAUCGGUCGCGUGAUUCUACUUGACGCUAAACAAAGCAGUGAGUUUGAUCGAGCAUUGACUCGACACUAAGGAGACGAUCCGUGACCAGCUUGCUUCAGCUUGCUCGCGCUCUUCCAUAACCAGGACGGUGGAGAAUUGUUCCCUGCGGUUGUGAAUGCAACUCGAUAUUAUCCCACGCAUAUGACGGACAUUCGCGGUUUUAACACUUUCCUCACUCAUCGGCAACAAGAAUUGGCCAGAUGAAGAUAAUGUUAGAUGAUGACGCUGCAUUGGAUUCAAUGGAUACCGAGGAAGAGAUAUUUUCUCCUCGCAACCACAGCUUGGACUCGAACGUCAGGCGACCUAAGAGUCUGCGCAAGCUGAGGUCGCAUUCCGGUUCUAAUUCUCACAUAACUAGAAAUAAUCUAAGUGUACGUCGCAGUACACGUAAUAGAAUGCAGACUUAUGACAAUCUUAAUACAAGCUGGAUUCUAGGAACGCAAACUUUGAAAGGAUAUCCUAUGUUUCAACAACACCCUUCUUCCUCGGAUAAAGAGAUGGUAGAUGAUGUACCUGGUAGGAAACGCGAUGUUCGAGACCGUAUGCCCUUAAAAUCUCGCGAAAAUCAUCCACCUAAUAAAACUCCGACAAGACAUCUUAGAGACAGGACAGAACAUGAUCGACAAAGUAGUAGAGAACUUCGAACUAGAGUUGAUCGUGACCUCAAGGAAAGAACUGAACCGGAAAAGGAUAGCGAGCAAACGAAACCAGCGAAUGAGGAGAAAGACACUAGAACAAGAAAGUCUGAUAGCCCAAACAGAUUUAGAGAAGGUCCUGUAACCAGAUUAUGCGGAAAUGUAGUUGAGAAAACUGAGAAGCCCAAAGUAGAGCAAGAGGAGGCGGAUGAUGUUAGCUCACACGAAAGUGAAAAACCAGAUAAUAAUGAUAAUGACAAUUCAGAAAACGAAGACGGGUUUGAGGAUAUGUACACACGCAUUAAGAGGACAAGGCGCACGACUCAACGACAACUGCCAAGGGUGGUGGAUAGUGAUCUAAGCGAAUCUUCGGAUUCUCCUGGGCCUAGGAAGUAUAGUUUACGUCAAAAAAAGCCUACUGUAGAUAGGUUUCAAGCUAAUGUAGAGCCAGUUAGGCGUUCUAUUAGAGCCCUUAGAAGUGUUCUCAGCAAUUCGAUGAGAAGAAGGAAGCAUAGAAGUAAGAGUACGAGUUCUGCUGAUUCCAGUGACUCCGAACCUCAACGUUAUGACAAGAAAAAAGGCAAAAAAGCGAGACAAUCGGCCAUACCACAAGGCGGUCCACCAGAUCGAAAAGCUGACAUAAAUCCCAUCACCUUAGAUACUAACAUUAGAUUUAAUGACGUCGGAGGUCUGGAAACCCACAUUCACUGCCUUAAGGAGAUGGUCAUCUUUCCUAUGAUGUAUCCAGACGUUUUUGAGAGAUACGACGUUACCCCACCGAAAGGUGUUUUGUUUCAUGGCCCGCCAGGAACUGGAAAGACACUAAUAGCUAGAGCACUAGCAAAUGAAUGCAGUCAAGGCAACAAGAAGAUGGCAUUCUUCAUGAGGAAAGGAGCAGAUUGUCUGUCAAAGUGGGUUGGAGAAUCGGAACGACAAUUGAGAUUAUUGUUUGAACAGGCUCAACAAAUGAAACCGUCCAUAAUAUUUUUUGACGAAAUAGAUGGUCUGGCACCUGUUAGAAGUACCAAGCAAGAUCAGAUACAUGCUAGUAUCGUAUCCACACUCUUGGCACUUAUGGAUGGUCUCAGUGAUAGGGGACAGGUUAUAGUUAUCGGUGCAACGAACAGAAUUGAUGCAAUCGAUCCAGCUUUGCGAAGACCUGGCCGUUUUGAUCGCGAACUCUUCUUUCCCUUACCGGCUAUGAAAGAAAGAUUAGACAUCUUAAAGAUUCACGUUAGUAAAUGGAAAAAUACGCCAUCUGAUCAAUUAUUAGAGAUACUGGCGGAAAAAGCAACUGGUUAUUGCGGUUCAGACUUGAGAGCUUUGUGUACCGAGGCAGUACUGCAGGGACUAAGGAGAACUUAUCCACAAAUUUAUAUGACAAAUGACAGAUUAUUGCUAGAUCCGGAGAGAGUUGAAGUAAAGAAACGUGACUUUAUGCAAGCAAGCGCUAUGCUCAUUCCGUCAUCGCAUAGAGUAGUUCCAUGUGCAGGAAGAAAAUUGCAACCUUUUAUGGAACCGCUAUUAGCACCUCCAUUAGAAGAAUUACUUAAUUUAAUAAGAGGAAUAUUUCCUCAAGGUGUAAAUCCUGCAAUGGCAAAAAUGAGAAAUGCCAAAGGUAUCCAUCGCCCAAGAUUAUUAAUUUCGGGUGGCAGUCUGUCUGAGGGUCAGGGACCUCAUUUAGCUCAAGCAUUGCUAUAUUGUAUGGAACAUCUGCUAGUUCAAAUUUUAGAUGUCAGCACAUUGUUUGCAGAAAGUGCUCGAUCUCCAGAAGAAACUUGCGUGCAGGUAUUUAAUGAAGCGGUUAGGAACGUACCGUCCAUAAUUUACAUUCGAUCGAUUAAUCAGUGGUGGCCUCUCGUGCCAGAAACAGUGAAAGCAGUUUUCCUGUGCCGUAUCGCAGCACUGGAUCCUUCAUUACCAAUUUUAAUUCUCGCAACGAGUGAUGCAACGUAUCAAGAUCUCCCCGAUCAACUAAAAAGCUUGUUUAGUGAAUUACGCGGAGAGGUGUAUUCCAUGAAGACUCCUACCACUGAACAAAGAACGAAAUUUUUCCGGCCCAUUUUUGUUAUUCAGAGUCUAAGACAACCACAGAUCAAAAGCAACAAAGUAGAGGUUUUAGAAGCACUGCCAUUAGCGCCAGAUCCGUUGCCAAAGAAACUGACGGAAGAGGAGAAGCAGAUUAUGUACGAGAAAGAUGAAAUAUCUCUAAGAGAAUUACGAAUUUUCCUGAGAGAAAUAUGCGCUAAAUUAGCGAGAAAUCGACAAUUUUUCAUGUUUACGAAACCGGUGGACACGGAAGAAGUACCGGACUACAAUCUAAUAAUAAAGCAGCCUAUGGAUCUAGAAACGAUGAUGACCAAGAUCGAUAUGAACUGCUAUCUAUGCGCCCGCGAAUUUCUUGACGAUAUUGAUCUCAUAUGUAGGAAUGCUCUAGAAUAUAACCCAGACAGCUUACGUGAUAGGCCCUCCCUCGGAAUAUUAAAGAGGGAUCCUGCAGACAAAUUAAUAAGACAUCGAGCGUGUUCUUUGCGUGAUAACGCUUACGCUUUAAUAAAAGCCGAAUUAGACUCUGAUUUCGAGGACAAGUGUCGCGAAAUUUCGAAGAAUCGUCGAACUUUAGAAAGCAAUUGUGAUAAUGAAGAAAGCAAAAAUUCCAAACUGGAAUCUUCCACGAGCGAACGAGCGGACAAAAAGGAGUCUAUAAAUUCUAGUCAUUCUCUCGUUGUGAACGGAAAGAAAUUCGGUAGUUCGAGGAAGCGUAAAAUACCCGCUUGGGCUCGUGGUUAUGUAAAAAAGGUCCAAAAGAAGAGAAAGAUCGCUUUCGGUGAGAACGUUACUGAAACAGUUGCGAAUAAAUCAGCAAGCAAUGAAACUACUACUAGUAUUGAUCUAGAAAAAUUCCAAGAAUUCGAAACUGAGGCGAAUAAUGUUUUGAACGGGCAUAUGGGAUUGUUUGAUAAUACUGAUUCAGAGAAUGAUUCGCAAAAUGAGAAUUCAAAGGGGAGUCAAAACUGCACUAUAACAGAUCAACGAUCUGUAAAUAAUCUUGAUCAAAUGGAAAUAUGCUUCAUAGAGGAAGACAAGCCAAUGGUGAAUGGACUUGCUCAAGGAAGUGGAAAAGUUUACAGAAUACAAGUCACAACGUCAGUAGAGUAUAAUACACAGAAAAAAAUUCUUGGAAAAGACAAAAAGAUGUCUGGCGCGGUGAAAGAUUUCUCCUGUAUCGGAGGGCUGGAGAAGCAUAUUAGGAUUGUAAAGGAGAUGGUCCUAUUCCCAUUGAUGUACGGGGACGUAUACGCUAAAUUUAAUCUCAGACCACCGCGCGGUUUACUCUUUCACGGCCCUCCAGGAACGGGAAAGACUCUCGUAGCCAGCGCAUUAGCGACAGAAUGCAGCAAUUCCGAACGUAAGGUCUCCUUCAUCUCUCGCAAAGGUUCCGACUGUCUUAGCAAAUGGGUCGGAGAAAGCGAGAAAAAGCUCGAAAAGAUUUUUUCCCUGGCACAACAGACGAAACCGUGUAUUAUAUUUUUCGAUGAAGUCGACGGUCUCGCGCCUGUGAGAUCUAGUCGACAGGAUUUUGUUCACGCCAGCGUUGUCUCCACUCUUUUGGCCUUGAUGGAUGGUCUGGACAACAAUUCCGAGAUCAUAGUGAUAGGCGCGACUAAUAGAAUUGAUGCGAUAGAUCCUGCUCUGAGGAGACCCGGCAGAUUUGACAAAGAACUGUACUUUCCUCUGCCUUGCUACAGUGCCAGAAAAGAGAUACUUUCGGUGCACAUCAAAAGCUGGAAGCAGAAACCAGCGCAGAAAUUCUUGGCGUAUCUGGCAUCGAAAACGCUAGGAUUCUGCGGCAGUGAUCUGCAGGCUCUUUGCGCUGAAGCAGUUAUGUGCUCCGUUCGCAGAAAUUAUCCACAGAUCUAUAAUUCCAAGUCUAAGUAUCACAUCAAUGAACGCCAUCUCAAAGUGGAAAAGGACGAUUUCUUAAAGGCACGCCAAAACAUCGUUCCAGCGUCGCAUCGCGUUAUAGUCGCCCCGAUUAAGAGCUUAUCCUUCAGAAUUCAACCGUUGUUGCACGAGGAUCUAACUGGAAUCCUGUCGCGUUUGCAAACACUUUGUCCAGCCGGCAUGCUGACUUCUGACAACAUUACAGGCAAAGCCACGUCCAAAUCGAGCGGCUGUCCGCGAAUUUUGCUAUGCGGUGAAGAUGAUUCCCACACUCGUCAUCUGGGCCCGGCGUUGCUGCACACCUUGGAACACUUGCCGUGUCACAUCUUGGACGUUACGACGUUGUUUGAGGAAACGGGCAAGGCGGCUGAAGAAGCCAUGAUACAAAAAAUCAAAACCGCGCGACGCACCCUACCAGCGUUGCUGUAUAUGCCCGGGGUCUUGACCUGGUGGGAUCUGGUGGAUGAGACGGCGAGAGUGGUUUUUACCUCUUUAAUACGUGGUCUCGAUCGAUCGGUGCACAUGCUCGUGCUAAUGACCGCUCACUGUCGACACAUUAAUCUGCCAUCACAGAUUGCAGAAUUAUAUGACGAUAAUCGCGGCGAAAUAUAUGAAGUGAAAUCGCCUUCGCCGCAAAAGCGACGUUCCUUUUUCAAACAGUUGUUUAAUGGAAAAUCCGACAGUCUUUCCGAUCGCUCCUCGCAAGUUGAUCUGACGCCAAUCUCGUGCCCGAAGAAGCUCAAGGGUGAGAACAGGAAGCUGAAGAAUCAUAUACACUCUACCGACUCUAAUGGAGUACUAGAGAUUAGCACGGCACGCGGCACGACCAGAAAGAUUAAAAUGCAAUCGAAAGCGCGAAAUAAGCUCGGAGCUGUACGGUCCUCGCACUCGACAUCUUCCAGAUCGAGAAUGAAUAUUAAGAGAGAAUACAACGCGUCCGGGGAAGGUCCGUCGUCCAAACGGCAGAGAUUAACGUCCAGCGCUUCUUCGGCCCCGUCUAGCACUGAGAAAUUGUACAGCUCGCAAAUCGAGGAUUUGGUCGAAACGAUUGUCAGAUCAACCGACGAGUGGCCGAGUCAUUUACUGGAGAGCCUGUUCUCUUCCCUCGAGCUCGCAAUGGAAAACAACGGAGAUCUAUGCGCGACGGUGAACGAGUAUGUCGCUCGUUAUGAAGAAUUGAAACGGGUCAAAAUGCGGAUGAAGCAAGAAGAGGAUUAAUCGUUAAUUUGGUCCCUCGUGAAUCGUUCGUGUGAUGUCUAAAUUUGUGAAAUUUGUGAAACACGAUAGAUAAAUAAUACAAUGAAAAAUUCGUGGAAUGUAAUAUUGUGAUGUAAUAAACGACGCAGUAAACAUUAAAAAAAAAAAUUC